GGUUGCAAAGAAUAUGUUUAACUGUCGGAACCAAUGAAGCCUUAAACCCGCAUCAUAACAACCUAGUAGACUUAACUUCAGCUUGGUUACUCUAAGGAAAUAUAAGUCAAUAUUUUAGAAGCCUUACACGUAGGUAUUAAAUGAAUAUAUCUUUCCAUCGGGGGAUUUGCUUAUGGCGGGUCGAUACCCCACGCCAGAUCGGAGCGCGGCGCACUCUAUUUGAAUAUUCUAGUUACCGGAGAUCUUCGGAUGGUGGUAGUAGGAGCAUGUCAUUAUCUAAAGGUAUUUAUCUCUCAAAUCUGUUGUGUAUACAAUCACCGGCUCUUUAAAUGUAUUUUUUAAAGACACAGUCCAGGGUCUUGACAAUGCACAAAUAGUCUAGGAUAAUUAAGAGUUUGUGUCGAUAUUUUCUCUUUAUAUGUACAGAAGAGUUUUAAAUGUUCUCUUCUAUGUAGCGUUUACUUGGAGAUUUUUCUAACUCACAAGAAGAUUAGAUUGUCGUCUUAUUUAAAGAUCCAGUCAUCAUCAAAACAUUAAAUUCACAACAGACGUAAGAAGGAAAAUGGAAUUGGAAAUCACUUAAAUUUUAGUUAUGUCUUCUUCGUCAAGUUCAAGUAGUUCUGGAAUUUUUCAAACAGAAAAUCGUGCAGCAACGCAGAUUUCCCGGCUGAAGCAGGAGUACGAUCGGCGACUUUUACAUUAUGAAAAAGAGUUCGAUGUUUCUUUGUCUAGGAUGAUAAAUCGCGAAAGGGGACUGAAAGAGUCUAUGUUAGCUUAUACAGAACGCAUGCGUAAGAUGACCAACACAAAAAAUAGUGUCGAAGGGAUGUUAUCCAAUGAUUCACCGUUAUACGUAAGAGCAAAACAUAUUCCAAAGAUACCUUUAACCAAAAAUAAAACCAGGAGACCAGCAUCAUUUGAUGAACUUAUAGGCAAGAAUGCAAAGUCAAAGUCAAAUAAACCCCGGAGAGACAAACCAAAAUCGGCUUCAAGGCUAUCCCUCCCCUCGUUACCGGAACGAUAUAAUAAAAAUUCCCAUCAAGUGAAAAUCAGUUUCGUAAGUGCUUCAGAUUUGUACGAUAUAGUGGAUUUUAGUAUAAGAAACAAGGGAAAUAAGGAGGACACAUUGAGAUACAUAGAAAUGGAUAAUAUUCAUAAUCACACGCCCUCCCCUACAGGUCGCCCGCUGCCUGGUGCAGGGAAUAGAAAGGCUUCUAGGAACAUUAGUAAAAGUGCCAACAAUGAAUCGCCCACUCCUAAAAAUCCUAAAGACUUUAGUACUUUGCCAACACUACCACCGAUAGAGAGUUCAGAAAAAGAACAAGACUCUGAAAAUUCAGACACCGAUAGCGAUAGCUUAGACUUAAAUAAAGCAAAUGUGGAGGCUUUCAAAAGAAGGCCGAAUCGUGCCAAACGUAUGCAGAUAAAUAAACCAGAUCUAGCAGAUAUUCCUGAAAAUGACGUGGCGUCUCAAAAGAGAUCGGCAAAGAGUGAACGAACACUGCCUUCCCCACCUCCCAAACAGUCACCAAGAAAUGUCCUUAAUCUGCAAUCCCAGCUCGUGGCCAUUCCAGAACACCAAACUCCGAGUGAUGAGCUGUUGAUUUUUGACAAGAAAAAGGUGGGGAAGUUACCCCGUCGAGAAAAUGGACAGAAUGUUACGCCUAUGGUGCGACUGGAGCCAUUUAAAAAUGUCUUAAAAGAGCCAGAAGAUAAUACGGACCAGCAUUUAAAAAUGAAAUUGAAAGCCCAAAAACGAUUUAAAAAGUUGAUUUUUCUCCGAGAUGUUCCGGAUAGACACCAUCGAUUGUAAUGCUUGUUGAACAGUUUAAACUUCCCAUUACCUCAUACUGUUAAAUCAUUAA